AGGGAGGGAGAGAGAGGUAGAGAGAGAGAGAGAGAGAGAGAGAGGGUUUCAGCACAACAAGCGAGUCAGUCGGAAGAAGCGCGGAUAUAAAGUGUCAUUCUGCAUUUCUUCUGUAUCUUUUCAUCCACCACUCAGAAGGAAAGAAACGAGCAGAAAGUGAAACUGAGUUAGAUUUUGGGGGAAGAUGAACACCGUUAGAGGAGAAGUGUGAACUCCACGCAAACUUACCUGCGCUGUUCACCUUGUGAAGAGAGAAGAGGAUUAAAGCAGCUGUAGAGGUUUCCUGACACCAAGUGGGAUGCGAGCAGAUCGGUGGUGGGCCGAUUGUCAAGGAGCAUGGUGAAACACCAACCCUUACAGGUCUACGAGAGACAGCUGUGUUUGUCCUGCCUGACCGGGAUCUACGGGUGCCGCUGGAAACGCUACCAGCGCUCCCACGAUGACAGCUCCAAGUGGGAGUGCUCCUGGUUCCUCAUCCUGUGCUCCUCGUUUCUCCUCCUCCUCGUCUGGUCUUACUUUUGGUGGGAGGCUCAAAAUGACUACAACGAGUUUAACUGGUUGUUAUAUAACCGAUCAGGGGAGUGGAGCGAUGGCACGGUCCCCAUUCUCGCCACCACACUCGUGGGAUUCUCUUACACUGCAUUUUUAAUGAUAUUAGGCCUUUGCCAUAUCACACUGGGGCAGCAGCUCAACCUCUACUGGAUUCAUAAGAUUGGCGUGCUGGCCGUCCUGCUCACUACAAUCACAGGUGUGGUGUCCAUCGAUGACAUAUGGAGGGACGAAUGGGACAUCAUCAUCAUCUCGCUACAGUCGACUGGACCCUUCCUGCACAUUGGGGCCGUGGCUGCCAUGACGGCGUUGGGGUGGAUCGUCGCCGGCCAGGUCGUGCGUGGAGGAAGAACGAGAUUUCAGGUGCUGCUGCUCCUGCUGUAUUUGUGUGUUCUCCUGGCUCUCUAUCUGACUCCCCUCACCAUCUCCUCCCCCUGCAUCAUGGACCGAUCGAACCUAAAGCCACGGCCCGCCAUCAUCGGCCGUCGAGGAGCUCCAAUGCUCGCUCCAGAAAACACCAUCAUGUCCUUCAACAAAGCCUUGCAGCAGAAAGUCAGUGGCUUCGAGGCUGACGUCACCAUCAGUGCAGAUGGAGUGGCCUUCGUGAUGCGUGACCGUACGCUGCGCCGCACCACAGACGUGGCCCGGGUCUUUCCUCAGAGGCAACACGAAGACGCCUCACUCUUCACCUGGCCUGAGAUACGCACUCUAAACGCUGGCUUGUGGUUUCUCAGGGAUGACCCAUACUGGACAGUCCAGUUCAUGUCUGUGAAGGAGCGAAGCCGAGCAGCCAAUCAAACGGUGUGUAGUCUGGUGGAACUGCUGCGUCUGGCGGUGAAGACAAACCGCUCAGUGAUGUUCAGCCUGCGCAGACCUCCAGCUCAACACCCACGACACGAGCUCUGGAUCAGCGAUGCCCUAAAGGCCAUACACCGCUCAGGCAUCCAGUCAGAACAGGUGAUGUGGAUGACAGACUGGUCCAGGAAGAAGGUGCGAUCUGCUGUGCCUCUGCUGGAGCAGACGGAGGAGGAUAAGCAUUCUGCAGAGGAAUUUAAAGAAAGGGGAGUCCAUACAGUGAGCAUACACUACAGUCAAACAACAGAACCAGAAAUCAGGCGCUUCAGAGGCAGCAACGUGAGCAUGAACGUGUACCCAGUGAACGAGCCGUGGCUUUACUCAGUGCUGUGGUGCAGCGGCGUUCAGUCCGUCUCGUCCGACGCUCCUCACAUCCUCCGCAAAGUGCCUCAGCCCAUCUGGUUAAUGAGUCCAGACGAGUACUGCUUGAUAUGGAUCAUGGCUGAUCUAAUAUCCGCAGCAGUCAUCAUAGGAAUAUUUAUAUUUCAGAGGUGGAGGAUGAGCGGGAUGCGCAGCUACAACCCGGAGCAGAUCAUGCUCAGUGCUGUGGUGCGAAGACCCAGCCGUGACGUCAACAUCAUGAAAGAGAAACUCAUCUUCUCAGAAAUAAACAACGGAGUCAGUAGCACAGACGAGCUGCCUCUCUACACAGAGCACAGAUAUGAAGGAUACACACGUGACACCAUUUCCCGCUGAGCCGGAUAUCAUUUGGAGAGCCUCUGUCCUCAUUUUCACUUAAACAUUUUGCCUGGACUCUGGGAAAGUGUGUGUUUUUCUUUUGGACUGAACUGCUCUACCACUGCCGAUGAAGGGCGUCUGUGAUUUUGGUCUUCGUGCAAGUGGAACUUGUGGAGCUCUGAAUUGCACAGCUCUGUGUGAUUGGAUUUGUAUUGCUUAUUUAUAUAAAGGACCUUCACUCUGAUGCCUUAUGCUCUGUAUUAAAGUGUAUAUAGGAUGAGAUGUUGCUGCAGCAGUAGUGUGUAUAGUUUCAUCUUAUGGAAUGUACCAUUUACUGAACAAAUUACCAUACUGCAAGUGGCUUAUUAUUAUUGUUCACCAGUUACUGCAAAUCAGUCGAAUUGAAGAUGAUCUGUGAUCUUUGGAGGAAGGAGGAUUGUUUGUAUUCUGAAGAAGUUCUCUACUGUGAGUAGGUAAUUUUUUUAUAUUUUAUCCUCCCUGUAGUAUUUUGUGCCAUCUACGCUGCAGUGGUUGAAGUACUGUGGUUCUCAGAGUUUGAAAUGAAAUGCCUCUAUGACUUGCAGAUUUGAAUGUAUUUCAUUUAUGGAAAGUGAAUUUCAAAAAAAGAUGAGCCACUGGAGAAAAUAAAUUAAGAUAAACU